GCACGCCCUGCACUGAACACUUCACUUGCGUUUGCGGCUGAAGAUGGCGGACGGGGAGAGCAGUCUUGGAACAGCCUUUCCAGGCGUAUCCGAAAUUGAAGAACCGGCCAAAAAGCGGUCGAAAGUCAGCCCGGCGACUGACUACGGUUUCGCCAAAGCAGACCACUUAACAUGUGCCUCUGGGGUCACAGAGAGCUGGGAGGCGGGGGUAAAUUGUAUGCUGCCAGCGGAGAAGAAAGCAAAGCCGGCGAUGGCGGUACAGCAGGCCACAACAGUGCCAGCAGGCGACAACAAUGGACUGGAACUGCUGGACUCCAAGCAACAUAGCGCCGUCAUAAAACUAAACGCCAGCUCGACACUGAAGGCAAACGAGGAGGGUGGUGAAUAUUUUGGACAUGAGGAUCUUAUCACAAACGGGUUGCCUGACACCCCGGAGCACAUCAACGAGGAAGAUGACAGAUUAUCUCAUGCAAGCUCUAGCGACUGGACUCCUCAACCGCCAAUAGGUUCCUACAGUUUCAUCCAGCAACACAUCAGAGAGGCAGAUCCUAGAGCUAUACUGAAGGAUUUGUUGCCUGAGACUGUACUCCCACCGGAUUUAGACGACAUGACAUUGUGGCAGAUCAUCAUCAACAUUUCAGAUCCUCCAAAAAGAAAGAAGCGAAAGGAUAUCAAUACCUUAGAAGACGUGGUCAAACUACUUCAUGAAAGUAAACGGAUCCUCGUGUUGACUGGUGCUGGGGUGUCCGUUUCUUGUGGAAUACCGGACUUUCGCUCCAGAGAUGGGAUUUAUGCACGCCUUGCCAUAGAUUUUCCGGAUCUUCCGGAUCCUCAAGCUAUGUUUGACAUUGAAUACUUCAGACGGGACCCAAGACCGUUUUUCAAGUUUGCAAAGGAGAUAUACCCUGGUCAGUUCCAGCCAUCACCUUGCCACAGAUUUAUAUCCAUGCUUGAUAAACAGGGGAAGCUGCUGCGCAAUUACACACAGAAUAUUGAUACACUGGAACAAGUAGCCGGAGUUCAGCGGAUUAUCCAAUGUCAUGGGUCGUUUGCAACUGCAUCCUGCCUUGUCUGUAAACAUCAAGUGGAUUGUGAGGCUAUACGGGAAGACAUCUUUAACCAGGAUGUCCCUCAUUGUCAACAAUGUGAAGACAUUCCUCUGGCAAUAAUGAAACCGGACAUUGUCUUCUUUGGAGAGAAUCUUCCAGAAAUGUUCCACAGAGCCAUGAAGCAGGACAAGGAUGAGGUGGACCUAUUGAUAGUCAUUGGCUCUUCACUUAAAGUCAGACCAGUUGCCCUCAUCCCAAACUCUAUUCCUCAUGAAGUGCCUCAGGUCCUGAUCAAUAGGGAGCAGCUCCCUCACCUCAACUUUGAUGUGGAGUUACUUGGGGACUGUGAUGUAAUUGUCAACGAGAUCUGUCAUCGGUUGGGUGGAGACUUUGAGCAACUCUGUUAUAAUACUGCAAGACUCUCUGAAAUCAUAGAGAAACCCCCUCGGUUAUCAAAUAAGCUACCAAGUGAGGCCUUGCCUGGUAAGAGCAAUGCAGCACAGGAGGAGCAGAAGAAAAUCAGUACAGACACAGUAACUCCGCCUUCAGAGGAGACGCAGAGUCCAAAUGUCACAGAGGCUGCUGGCAAUAGUACAACAUCUCCAAGACCUUGUUCAAAUGCUCAGUGUCCAUGUAAAGAGACAGCUGAGCCUUCAGAGUGUUCAACAGAAGAUGCACUUAAAGAGACAGCGACUUCAGAAAAGAGCCAAGACUCCAACAUUGAAAGUCGAAGACGAUGCUGGAUGACUCAUAUCAACAAAAGUCCAAUCAGCAAACGCCUUGAGACAGGACAGUACCUUUUUCAGGCACCAAAUCACUACAUCUUCCAUGGGGCAGAAGUUUACACUGAUUCUGAAGAUGAGACAUCAAGCUCCUGUGGCAGUGAUAGUGAAGUCUCUGAAUGCAGCGCAGUUGAGAUGGAUGAAGACAGUGAGACAGAGGAAGUCACACUUGCAGUGGAUGAAGAGACAUGCCUCAAAGACGCAAUACAUCACAGUAAAGCUAAUGAACCCACAACAUGUAUGCAGAAAGACCAUGCAUCUUAAAAGACUCAGAGCUCUCCACACCUUUAAGAGUAAAGUACCCAUUACCCGGCACUAAUUAUAUGUAUAUGUGCGUUUCGUAUAUUUUUGACGAUACAAUUAUUUUUCAUAAAGUUGCAAUUGAUUGAUAACUUAAUGUGAAUAAGCAGCAAGCUUGUUUCUUGCUUGUGUGUGUUUUUUCCCCUGUCCAAUUAGGACUCAUGAAUCCAGUCCUUAAUCCCACACACUAAUUACAAUUUCUUAGAAUUUGUUUAUUUUCAUCGUACCUCAUUUUGGUCUCACUUUCAGAGAUGUAUUAAAAUCUUACCUUUUAGGAUGUACAAUGAAUCAACACUAGAUAGGCCAUUUAUUCUUAAAUUGCCGUCAUUACAAGUCAAGACAACAAAUUAGUUAGUCUAUAGUAUAUCAGAUUUGGUUUAUGAGCUUUUUCAUGUUACCUUUGACAAACAGAUAUUUUCAGCUUAAAACCAUUUAAAUUGGGACUACUAUGAAUUUUAGACACAUUCAUUGUUAACUUCACAAUACUUCACGUAUUUUGUAAUGUACAAUAUAAAAAGUUAAGCUGUACCCCUUCAUGAGGGUAAAUGCUGUAAAACAAGA